CCGAUUUCCCUUCUCCACGCGCACAGCUCCUUCUCCGCGAGUUCGGACUUUUUCAAACCACAAGAACAAGCUAAAGAGUGGUAGAUUAAAAGGAGUCUCCUUCCACGGUCACAUGGUCAUGCUGUGGUUUGUCUAAUGGCCCCCAGGUCUGGGCUGUCCAUCUGAGAAGGGAAUCUUAGAAGAGAAUCACAGACCCUCGAAAGGAGAGAGAAGAGUUUUACACAGGACAUGUCCUCAGGGAGAAAGGAUGUCAAGGAUCAGGUAGUGACUCUCAUUAAAAAAGAGGAGUGUGACUGGGAUCCACCAGAGGAUUUGUGUGUAAAGCCGGAGGACCAUCAAGCAAGACUUUCUGCUUUUAAGGAGGAAGAGGUCAAGGAGGAGACUGUUGACAUUAAAGUUGAGGACUCUAAAGAUUUCUUCAUUUGUCCUGGACUUCAAAAUGAUGAAAUUGGGAAUAUUUGUGGAGAAUCUCAUUCCAGUUUACAGCCCCAAUCCACUAACACGGGACAACUGGUUACCCAGCAAAAUCUGAUGCAGCUAAAAUCUAAGUUGAGUGAGUUUGAAGAGAAAAUCAACGAAGGAAAUGGGAGAGUUAGAGACGAUCAGAAGCCGUCUGGGAGUGCUGGAAUAAGUGACUUUUAUAACCACUUGAGAAUUCACAGUGGAAAGAAGCCUUCUGGUUGCACUGAAUGUGGCAAACACUUCAUACUGAGAAGCAGCCUACGGAGACACAUCAGAAUUCACACUGAAGAGAAACCUCACAGCUGUUCAGAAUGUGGCAAACAAUUCUCACAAAUCAACAGUCUUCGGAGGCACACAAGGAUUCACACAGGAGAAAAACCAUAUGUCUGUUCAGAAUGUGGUAAAGGAUUCUAUGAGAAUUGCAAUCUUCGGCAGCACGCAUACGUUCACAGUACAGUAAAGCCAUAUUGCUGUUCUGAAUGUGAAAAACCAUUUGCUGAUAGUAGCGCUCUUCAGAGGCACACCAAGAUUCACACUAGAGAAAAAAUAUAUUGCUGUUCAGAAUGUGGCAGACGAUGUGUCAAUCCUAGCAGUCUCCAAAGACACAUGCGAGUUCAUACUGGAGAAAGGCCAUUUGCUUGUUUUGAAUGUGGCAAACUGUUCUUUGACCGUAGUGGUCUCCGGCAGCACACACGAAUUCAUACUGGAGAGAAACCUUAUUGCUGUCCUGAAUGUGGCAAAAGUUUCUCGUACACCAGCUCUCUUCAGAAACACAGACGAAUUCAUACUGGAGAGAAGCCCUAUUUCUGUUCUGAAUGUGGCAAACAGUUCUCUUCCAGUAGCUCUCUCCGACAGCACGUCCGAAUUCAUACUGGAGAGAAAUUGUAUUGCUGCCCUGAAUGUGGUAAACGGUUUUCACAAAAAAACAACCUUAAAUACCACUCAAACAUUCAUGCUAGAGAGAAACGAAUUCGAGCUGAGCUAGCUAUGGAGAAAAACAACAAGGAGAGAAGAGUUUCACAUGGAAAGUGGCCUCGGCCAAAACAGGCUGACAUGGCUCAGGGAGUGGUGCACGUUAAACAAGAGGACUGUGAGUGGGUUGCAGCAGAGGGUUGGUGUGUGAAGGUGGAGGAAUGUGAAGGAGGAGUUUCCCUUUUUAAAGAGGAGGAGGAAGAGGAUCCCAAGGGGGAGGUUAUUGACAUUAAAGUCGAGGAGUGCGAAGACUUAUCGGUUGGCCUUGAGCUGCAACACGAUGAAACAGGGAGCCGUUUCAAGCAAGAGAUUGGUGACGAGUUUCAUUCCCGGUUACAGCCCUGGUUCACUAAUACGGGACCACUGGCCACCCAGCAGAACCUCGUAGAGCCGAAAUCUGAGCCUGAAGAGGAGAUCAACGAAGGAAAGGGGAGAGACGUGGAAGAGCGGCAGUCGUCUAGUAAUGUGGCGAGAAAUUCCCAGGAGAACUGUAGCUUCUCUAUGUCUUCACUUGCUCAGCCGUCUUUUCAGUGCAGACUGCAACACAAACAAAACAAUGGAAAGAAGAAGAACUCAAAAAGAGGAUCGGACAAUUUGAUGGCACCCUCGUUGCCAUGCAGUUCUGUUUCUGCUGACACACACACAGAGGGAGGCUCCAUCAGCACCGAUCAACAAGCAGUGCAUGAUACCAAUCAGCUGGCUUUGUACACCAGCCGAGAGUGUGGACCAACUUUUAUGAAUGAAUCUGAAUGCAUAGAUGGAUCGAUUCGUACGAAUCAGAAACCUUAUGCCUGUUCUGAGUGUGGUAAACUAUUUUCAUACAGAAACAGUCUUCAGACACACAAAAUGAUUCACAUUGGAGAUAAGCCGUACAGCUGUGCAGAGUGUGACAAACGAUACUCCAGUAACAGUGCUCUUCAGCGGCACACCCGCAUUCAUACUGGAGAGAAGCCAUACAGCUGCGAGAAAUGUGGCAAAAGAUUUUUUCAUAACAGCAGCCUUUACAAUCAUUCAAAGGUUCACAUGGAGGAGAAGCCCUAUUGCUGUUCCGAAUGUGGUAAAAGAUUCUCCCUUGUAGGUAAUCUGUAUGACCACUUAAGAAUUCACAGUGGAGAGAAGCCUUAUUGCUGCAGCGAAUGUGGAAAACAGUUUACACGAGUAAGCAGCCUACGGAGUCACAUCCGAAUUCACACUGGAGAGAAACCUCACUCUUGCGCAGAAUGUGGCAAAAGAUUCUCGCGAACAAGCAGUCUUCAGACUCACACAAGAAUUCACACUGGAGAAAGGCCAUACUGGUGUUCAGAGUGUGGCAAACGCUUCUCUAACAGUAGCCAUCUUCAGAUGCACAAACGAAUUCACACGGGCGAGAAGCCAUAUUGCUGUCUGGUAUGUGGCAAACUCUUUGCACAAUUGGGCAAUCUUCAUAACCACAAAAAGGUUCACAUUGGAGAAAAGCCAUAUUAACGUUCUUAAUGCAACACUCCAUUCACUGAUUGUGGUGCUUGUCAGUGCUACGCAAGACUGGAGACAAAAAAGCAAAAGGAAGUCCUAUUGCAGACACACAGCUUUAUGGCAGGUACGGAAUAACGACAGCAGAAGUGUACAAAACACUCCGGACCUGAAAGUAAGCAAAUUAAACCAUUGCUGAGAAAUGAUGGAUCAUUCUAAUUGAAGUUCCACGUGAUUACUCCAUAUGCAUGAUUAAAAUACAAGCAAUAACAACAUGCCAAUAAAUGCCAUCUUGUAUGAAAAGGAUCUGAAAUGUAACUGGGAUGCUGGGAUCAACAGCGCCUUAUCAGAAAACAUCUCCAGGUCCAUCUAGAUGACCCUACCAAUCACCAUCACUCCAUACAAAUUACAGAAAGGAAGCCACGUGAGGGUCAAUGCCAGCACUAUGCCAAGCCCUGGUAAAGCAAAUCUAAGGGAAUAACAACAGCAAAGUCACUUCAAAUAAAUAAAUGAAUAACCCUUCAUGACUGAGGAGCGACCUUCACUCCUGCUCUGAAAGCAAGCAAAGCAAACCAUAGUUCAGAAAAUAAAACCCAAGAAAAGCUGCAUUGCUGUUCUGAUUGUGGGAGACCAUUUUCUCACCGUGUAUGUUUUCUGGAAGCACACACCAAUUUGAAUGGGAGAGAAGCCAUAUUUCUCUUCUGUUCAGCCUAUGUACGCCGGACUUCCAAUACGACUCAGAGUCCUGCCACGUGCAAAAGUCCACUGACGACACGGCGAUCGUGGGCUGCAUCAGG